AGAGAAUCGCCUACGGCUACGCUAUGCCUUCCAUCUCUCUCUCUCUCUCUCUCUCUCUCGUUCUGUUCCAUAGACAGGCCUGGGGAGGCGACGGAAGGGACUGCUGAUCCUGGAAAUUCAAUUUCAGAAGUCCUAUUUAUCGGUUUCUUCCAUGCCCCAAAAGGAUGCAUGCAAACUUUAGAACAAUUAUAAGAUAAAUUUGGCAGGGCGUGUAUCGCAUUACUGUUUGCUUCCAUCCGAGGGGGUGCUAUUGCAGGAUAGAGAAGAAAAAAGAAUUAUCGAAACAGAAAAAUGAGGCUUUGGAAUUGAUAAUUUGGCAGGGCGAUUAUUUCAUUACUUGUUUUCUUCAGGAUUUGAAGUGGAAACUUACCACCUUUAUGCUUAUUUGCAACAGAAACUCCUGUUAUUGACAUGUUGGACUCUGAAACAAGACAGGCAUCUGCAGUAAUGGAAUCAGAACACAAGGCCACCCCUCCUAGUGGUUUGAGGAUGCAUCAUAGUUCUCAUGCCAAUGGUGUUGAUCUUUCCACCUCAGGGGAAAAUUUAAGAUCCUCAUCCUCUAAAUCAUCCUCUUCCUCACCCGACUCUCCCUUUGAUGAUGCAUUCCAAGAUGAUUACUUUGAAAUCGGUGAUUCCGGAUAUGGUGAAAAGAGUAUUUCUGGAAGUUCAAUACCUAAAGAUGAACAAUCAGAUCAUGGACAGAAGAAAUCAACAGAGUCCCCUCCAAUCCAGGCGAUGGACCACAUUGGGGACCCAUCACCGUCACACAGGAUUCCAUCUUCAGUAUUUGCAAGAACAAAAUCUACGACCCCAGUGGAGUGGAGUGUAGCUUCCAACGAGUCACUUUUCAGCAUUCAGAUGGGAAAUAUGAGUUUUAGCAACGACCCUAUGUUUUGGCGAUCCGGAGAGCUGGGAUUGCCCGGUGAAAGUACCACGUCUGCUCAAAUGUUCAACUUCACACCUAAUCAACCCCCAAUAAAUGGACUGACUGGUAUGGGUAAAUCAAGUGAGGGUAAUGUGGCUGAAGCAGCUGUUGAAACCAUGCAGGAGGUCAUACGGGAAAAUGCAGAAGCUAAAAGAAACAAAAAGUUGUUUCUUGAUCCUUGCGUUUCGGGCCGCUCUGACAUCAGUGGUGCUAGUACCCAAUCUUUUGCGUUUCCCAUAUUGACAGGGGACGCUGGGAAAUGGGGUUCAUCGAAGAGAAGUGGUUCACCCAGGGUAGGCCCGGAGCACUCUCAACCCCAGACGCCAAAACAGCCACAACCACAGGCAGAGCAGCCACAGCCACAGCUGCAGCCACAGCCAACGGCUCAUCAACCACCUAUCCCUCAGACCAACUGGUUUUCUUGCUUCACAUGUUGCUGUCGACAGACUGGCUGAGAUAAUUUUCUUUGACAAAAAAGAAAAAGCUUGUAUAUAGUUUUUGUAGAAUGCAGAAAGAAAAUAUAUGCAGCCUAUGGAAGCAGGAUUCUUUUCCCUGAAUACUAGUCCACUUCUGGUUUCGGAAGGGUGAAGGAAUUUUUUUUGAGGUUAAUAUGUUGUUCGAUUCAAACAUGGAUGCCGAGGUGUAGCUGUUGAGAAUCUGGACAUGAUAGCAUUUUGUAGAGUCCUUGAAUCGUCAUUAGCAUUUAGUUUUGUCUUCCAUUUCCCUGUUGAUUAUGUAUAGCGGAAUAUCUGAAUUCGACAGAGGGUUUGACAGCAAUUCCGUACGCACAAAAAAGAAGAGCAAAAAUAAAUGGCGAAGGGGACUAGCUGGUAAUCAAUCCAGAUAGUUUGUAUGCUUACAGCAGUUGAUGUUACUAUGUAGCCUUAUUGCCCUUUCUUUUACUAUUCCCUU